AUGGCGUCAGUAUCAGAAAUGUACGAUGUUGGUUGGGAAGAGAUGAGAGACAAGCUGCGUAAAUGGAGAGAAGAUAACUGCAGAAAUAGUGAACAAAUUGUGGAUGUUGGUGAAGAGCUCAUCUGUGAACAUGCAUCUAAACUGGGCGAUGACAUAUGGAUUAUUUAUGAGCAGGUGAUGAUCGCAGCGCUGGACUGCAGUCGGGAUGACUUGGCUCUGACCUGUCUACAGGAACUGAGGAAGCAGUUUCCAGAUAGCCACAGAGUGAAGCGAUUAUCGGGCAUGAGGCUGGAAGCUUUGGAAAGGUAUGACGACGCCAACAAGCACUACGAUGCCAUCCUCCAAGAUGACCCAACCAAUACGGCAGCGAGGAAGCGCAAGAUCUCCAUACUGAAGGCCCAGGGGAAGAGCGCUGAAGCCAUCCGGGAGCUCAAUGAGUAUUUGGAGCAGUUUGUUGGGGACCAAGAAGCGUGGCAUGAAUUGUCUGAGCUCUACAUCAACGAACAUGAGUGAAGUACACUCAGGGGGGGCUGGAAAACCUGGAGCUGUCCAGAAAGUAUUUUGCCCAGGCGCUGAGGCUGAACAACCGAAACAUGAGGGCAUUGUUUGGUCUGUACAUGUCUGCAAGCCACAUCGCUGCCAGCCCAAAGGUUAGUGCCAAGGUGAAGAAGGACAACAUGAAGUACGCUGCUUGGGCUGCCACUCAAAUAAAUAGAGCCUAUAAGCUGGCCGGUCGUGGGACCAAGGAGAACAAGUGCUCGGUGAAGGCGGUGGAGGAGAUGCUGGAGUCCAUGCAGAUCACCAUGUCCUAGAUACCCUCGUCCACACCUUCCUUAAUCCCUCCCGAUGACACACACAGUCUCUUGGAGUGACAUGGCAGCUCAAAUAGCCUUGCAAUGUGACCAGAACGGGAUCUUUUUUUUUUUUUUAAUCCCUUCAAGUUUGAUUCUGUAAUUGAUUGAACUUGACAUGGACAAUGGAAAACCUUUGUUUUCCUCAAGUGCAAAGAUUUCCUCACCCAUCUGGAAUCUACAGCAGAAAAUUCCAAGUACCCCAACAACAUGUUUUAAAUACAGUAGUAUGAACCUAGCUUCCCUCACACUGGACUAUCAUAUCCAACCCCAGUCCAUGAUGCCUUUUAGGUUGAACUGAAAUACUAAUACAACAUUAAGGCUAUAACCAUGUGACCAGAUGACAAACUGUACAGUUAAUGCUAUUUAUAAAGACUGUGGAGAUCCCACCUGUCCGCACUGAAGUCCCAUACUGUUUCCUUACUAUCUGUAGAUGAUCAUCUUUGUCUAAUGAAACUUUUUUGUCAAAUUUAAUUAAAUGUCUUAAUAAAAGUAGGACUGAUUGCAGAGUUGAAAAUAAUAUUUCUUCUUAUGUGUAGAGUAAGUUGGUUGUUUUUUAGAUUCCAUGUCCUCCAGUAGUGACAUGUAUUGGUAAAUUCUAACCUGUUAUAACUAUCCUGGAGAGGGUUGAGGGACAUUUGUCAUUAUGAAGGCUGCAGUGGUAACAGCAGGGGCAUAAAGAAGGGCCUCUUCUUUCCCAGUGGUUCCAGCUGGGAAAUCCUGCCUUUGAAUUACCCCAGACAGCAGCUGAACCAACUUGAGCACACUGAAGAACACCUCUGUCAUUUUAGUUUAGAGAGCCUCAGAGAAUGCUGCCAGUAAUUAACACGCCACAAGUUGGAAAGAAGAAGAAAAAAAAUCUUUUCAUGAAUCUGGGAACAUUCAUGACGGGCAAGGAAGAAAGACAUCUUAGUGCUGUGAGAGGCAGUCCUGGUUUCCUCUGCUGUUAAAGCAGUACACUCAGUUCACUUGGUUCUGUAAAUUGUUGAAUUUGAAUCGAUCCAAAUGAACAUCUUAAGUUGUCACUCAGCCGUGCAGGGUCAGCUGUUACUUCCAUUUCUUUUGUUUAUUAAGUCACGGCAAUUGUCUCAUAAUUUCACUCUUUGACUGAUGGAAAACUUGAGUGUGGAGUUUAUGGUCUUUUUGGACAGCUUUUAAAUUGAGAGAGGUCACCAGCUCAAAGCCGAGAGUGUGGAAAGCCAUUUUCUCAAGUUUUUAAUACUCUCUGGCCUUGGUCAGUGGAUGAAUGUGUCUGCAUUUGAUUUGCCUCACCAAUCUGGCGGAACCAAUGAAAGCCAGGGGACGUUUGAGCAUAAACUGACUUGAGUUAUUUUUACAGGAAAAGGGCUGAGGCUAAAUAAAACUUUUUUUUUUGAAGAGUUACAGGAUGAAGCAGAGUAAUUCAUUUUUGUUGAAGCUCCUAUGUAAAUAUUGCU